CAGAUAUAAAAUAUUUACCCAAACUUAAAAAUAUAUUCACGGUACGUCUAACAAGUCACAGUGCUUUUGCGUAGAUAUUUUUUAACUCUCCAAAGUCGAUAUGAGAUCGUCAAACUUCACAAGUAACGUUACAAGUGUGUUCAACCAUAGUGACGUGAUUACAGAUAUGUUCGAUUUCAAGACGAACGAAAGUAAACAGUUCGUUAUUUACACAGUGGUCGCGUAUAUAUUCGGUACAAUAAUUUUUCUGAGCAAUGUAACAGUUGUCAUUUCUAGCGGACUUAUCUUGAGGAAAGGUCAGAAGUUAAAAAGUACCUAUUUGCUGCUAGGUAACGUCUCCCUCGCUGAUACAAUUAUCGGAAUGUCUGUCAUUUUCGGCGUGAGCAUAGAAGAUCUCAUGAGCAACAGCCGACUGUGCGUUUUUCAAAUUGGUAUGCUAGUGUGUCCGGCGAUGGUGUCGAUAUUCACCGUGGGUCUCAUUGCCGUCGAUCGUUAUAUUUAUAUUUUACACGGACUCUACUAUCAAAGAUGGUUCAACACAACCAAAGUCAGGAUUGGCAUUCUUUGUAUUUGGUUAAUCGGUAUAAUACUUGGAUUCUUGCCCGCUAGUGGAUGGGUUAACAGCGAAUUGGAAAAUUCUCGAUGCUACUAUGUCACUUUAUUUCCCGGAAUACUAAUUCUCCUCAAUUCACUUCUCAGUAUUAUCCCUAUUAUACUCGUUGCAGUUUUGUACUCUAUAAUCUUAAUACGAGCCCUGAAAAAUGUAAAGCAAAUCAACGCAGCUGUUAAGACUGUUCAAAUAAACGCAAACUCAAAACCUGAACUGAGAAUUUACAGGGGUAAUACUCAUGUGAAGAAGAAUGUACACUCUGUAAAAUUUCCCACUAAAACAAACAAUGGAAAAACUAAAAGAAGUGUGUCAUUUAGUGGUAACUAUCAUUUCACAGAUAAUUGUAACUCUAAUACAUUCAGGCAUAAAAGCAAAAGCAUUGAUGCGCUUAGCGAUAGUAAAGCAGAUUCUCGUAAUUUAGAAUAUGACAAACCCCACAGUAUCCCCAACAGUGAAUCUAAUUUUAGUAUCUGCACUAUAAGUUCAAGCGUACAAGACAAUAAUGAUUUCGUAUUCACGAAAAAGGAACUAAAAAAGAUAGACACGAGAAAUAUAGCAAAUGAAAAGCAUAAAAAUAAAUCAAAAUUCAAGGAGCCAAAUAAAUGGCGAGCGAUUAUUGUGGUUAUGUUAACUUCAGGUAGUUUUAUAUUUACUUGGAUGCCAUUUUUUAUUACUGUGAUAUUUUUUGUAUUCUGCCAAGAGAAACUCACAAAUCCCCAAUGUAUGCAUCUCCGAAUUUUGUUAAGUGGACCGAUUGCGACGUUAGCUUUCCUGAACAGUAUUCUCAACCCAUUAAUUUAUGCUUGGUGGCAUAAAGGGUUUAAAAAAAGUAUAAGAACUUACUUUCGAAAAUUUUUGUCAAAGUUUUUUCAGAAGGAUGGACUACGAUAA